AUUAAUAGUGCGCCAAAUUAUUCUCCAAAAUGAAUCACUCAACUUAAAAAUCAUAAUCACAUUCAGCAGAUAGACGUCCUACUUCUAUUUUUAUACAUCCUUUUCCAAAACCCCCAAAUUGUUCUCAUAUACCAAUAUUCAAGAUUGAUUUUGGCAAAGAGAAUAUUCCACCCCAAAAAAUAAGUUGGGAAUAAUACUCAUAAUCUUUUUAAUUAUCUACUGUUUCUUAAAAGAAAAAACCUACACAAAAGUUUGUUGAAUUGUAAUCUCAAACUGAUUCUAAGGUCAAAUUCAAGUUUCCUUUAUAUAUGGAUAGUCAACUUGGAAUCAAACCAGAAUUUCAAAAUCUAUUACAAGAAGCAUAUGAUAAUGAUGAUGAUAUCAAUACAAGAGAAAGUGUCAUGAAUUUUUUUAUAGAUGUGUGUAAAAGAGAUUUAAUAUAAGGGAUAGUUGAAAAUCAUUAAAUUAAAGAUUAACAAGGGUAUUUUAUAUCUUUUCAUUUAAAUAGAAAUCCAAUCCUAAAUUUUUCAGGCUUAAACCACAGAUUGACUAUUCAAUAUGAAUCUAUGAACUAGAACACAGAAUGA